AUGAUCAAUAUUCGAAAAUGCGACUAUACUACAGCAACACCAACAAGCAAAUUGACUUCGAGUUAUUUUCAUCAUGCAUCCUCCUUUCCAUUAGUUUAUAAAACAGUGAGCCAAAGUUUCGAGGAGACAGCAAACAAAUAUUCUGACCAUGAAUGUUAUGUUUUUAAAAGUGAACAAAAACGAUAUACAUACAAAACAUUUAAACAUGAAGUAGACAGCAUAGCAGCAUCGCUUCUCGACUUAGGUUUCGAAAAGAAUGAUCGCUUUGCUGUUUGGCUACCAAAUACAUCCGAAAAUGUCGCCAUAUCCUAUGCAGCAUCGAAAGUGGGGUUGAUCAAAGUGAACAUCAAUCCAGCUUAUGUCGGACGUGAACUAGAAUAUUGUAUUAAUAAAGUUGGCUGCAAGGGUAUUCUACUUUCACCUAUAGUUAAAUCGAUCGAUUCACUUUCGAUAUUUCGUCGACUCGUGCCUGAACUUGAUCAACGAUCAUCGUCGAGCGGUGAACUUGUCGCCAAAGCAGUGCCCACUUUAAAACAUGUUAUUUUGACUGGUGAACAAGCAUCUGUGCCAGGUACACAUUCGUACGUCCACUUAGUUAAGCGUGGAGCACAAAUGUGUCAUGAUCAACUAGCUGAACGACAAGCAUCGAUCAAUCCCGAUUCUCCUCUGGAGAUCUUCUACACUUCGGGUACAACAGGUCAGCCAAAGGCGGCCACAUUGACUAAUUUCAGUGUGCUCAAUUUAGUACGCGCUCAAUGGGAACUGCUGGGUCGAUUUUAUACUCAUAUGUGCGUAUCUACUCCAAUGUUUCAUAUUCUUGCCGAAGUUUGUGCUAUACUCAAUGUAGCUGUGGCCAAAUGCAAAGUAAUCUUUCCGUCCAUCUUACCGGAUACAUUGAGCACGAUGCGUGCGAUUGAUGAAGAAAAAUGCACGGCACUUCUCGGACCACCGAUUAUCUUUCGUGAUAUCUUGAUGCAUCCAGAGAAGAAAAACUACGAUCUCAGUUCGUUAGUUUAUGCUGGAUUGGGAGCAAGUUCAGUGCAUAUCGAUUUUAUGCGUCGUGUAGAAAAGGAAUUUCCGAUCAUACGUACAGUACAAGGUUACGGAACAACGGAAAAUUCGGGUCUACUCACAAGUGGAAUGUGGGCUGGCGAUGAAGAUUCACAGCGACGGCAAGGAUCAAUGGGUCGAUGUAUGCAAGGUAUAGAAAUUAAAGUCGUCGAUCAACAAGGUCAGACAGUACCGAUUGGUGAACAAGGCGAGGUCUGGGCAAGAGGCUACCCGAUCAUGCUCGGUUACUAUGGUGAUCCCAAUAAGACUGAAGAAACACUGACUUCGUCAGGAUGGCUGAAGACGGGUGAUAUAGCCACGAUGGAUAAAGAUGGUUAUCUCUACUAUAUUGCACGUCAGAAAGAGAUUAUCAUUCGUGGUGGUGUGAAUAUAUAUCCGGUUGAAGUGGAAAACAUGAUCAUCGAACAUCCAAGUGUAGCCGAAGCACAAGUCUUUUCCAUUCCAGAUGAACGAUACGGUGAAGAAGUGGGCGCUUGGAUUAAAUUGAAACCGAAUUCAACAAAAUGUCAAGCAGAAGAGAUUCGAAGUUUUCUAAAAAACAAAUUGGCUUUCUUCAAAAUACCUAAGCAUAUACGUUUUGUUGAUCAAUUCAUUAUGACACCGACGGGUAAACCGCAAAAAUUUAAAAUGUCCGAAGUCACGGUCUAUGAAUUAAAGGAAAUGAUCAAUAAACAUUGA